AUGGCGUCCACACGUUGCUCUGGACAUAGAAGUGCCUCAAAACUCACCGUUUCAUCCCUAUUACUUCCUCAAUUUUUUUUCCAAUUUUUCCCCAAUUCUAUCCCCAAUUUUGAUGGAGUUCGAGACGAGACUGGUGCCUCACUUAGUCCUUGGGCUAUUUGGACUCGAGCUUGGAAUGCCGAAGAGCACAGACAUGGCGAUCUUCUCAACAAGUAUCUUUACCUCACAAGAAGAGUAGACAUGAAAAUGAUUAAAAAGACUGUUCAGUAUCUCAUUGGUUGUGGCAUGGAUGCAAAAUUCGAAAACAACCCAUAUCAUGGAUUCAUAUACACUUCAUUUCAAGAAAGAGCAACAUUCGUGUCCCAUGGUAACACUGCGAGACUAGCUGAGGAGCAGGGAGACAUGAAGCUAGCACAGAUAUGUGGAACGAUUGCUGCUGAUGAGAAACGACAUAAGACUGCAUAUGUUAAGAUUGUGGAGAAGCUGUUCGAGAUCGAUCCGGAUGCGACUGUGUUGGCUUUUGGUGAGAUGAUGAAGAAAAAAUUGGGAAAAAAAUUGGAGAAAAAAUUGGGAAAGUAAUAGGGACGAAACAGUGAGUUUUGAGACACUUCUAUGUCUUCAGCCACGUAAACAAAGCAGAGCAACCAUGUAGACAAACUAGAGCAACGUGUGGACGCCAUGUCAUUAGUGGCACACGCCAAAACACGGGUGGGUAAGAAAGAUACAAGACGCA